AUGGCAAACGAAACGUCAACAGACACAGAGGCGUACGCUCUCUUCCCCUACGAGCCCAGCAAGAUCGGCGCCAUCCUCUUUGCCGUCCUCUUCGGCCUAAGCACAAUCUACCACCUUUUCCAAAUGAUCCGAGGCCGCGCAUGGUUCUAUACAGCCUUUGUAAUCGGAUCAAUAAUGAUGACAAUCGGCUACGCAGCCCGCUACCUCUCCGCGCAAUCCCCCUCCGAACUGAUGCCAUACAUCAUGCAAUCCCUCUUCAUCAUCCUCCCUCCCUCGCUCUACGCCGCAACAAUCUACAUGAUCUACGGCCGCCUCGUCAUUUUCGUAAACGCCGAACACGCUUCCGUCAUCCGACCUACGUUGGUAACCAAGAUCUUCGUCUGCGGCGAUGUCGUUGCGUUUCUCAUGCAAUCUGGUGGUGGCGGCAUGAUGGCGCAGGCGGACAUGGCGGAUAUGGGACAGAAGAUCAUGCUGCUGGGGUUGUUUGUGCAGUUGGCGUUUUUCGGCUUCUUUGUCGUGGUUAGUGCCAUAUUCUAUUUCAGGAUGAGGAGUGCGCCUGAGAGGUAUACGGUGCCGAAGUAUGGGAAGUAUGCGUGGCCGGCUUUGUACAAACUUCUUGCCCUUGCGGCGGUUGUCAUCAUUACUCGCUGCAUCUUCCGCGUCAUCGAGUUUGGACAGGGUCAUAGCGGGUAUCUGGCUUCGCAUGAGGUGUACAUGUACGUUUUCGAUACGCUGCCUAUGUUCUUGGUGCAGGUCUUGUUCCAUUUUGUACGCGCGGAUGACGUGUUUGGAACGAAUCACCGGGCGGUGAAGAAGUUGGAUAGUGAGAUUAUCGGACUGUAUGAGAGGGCGUGA